AUGCCUGGAGGUUAUAACCAGGACGGACCCGACCAAGGGAUGGCGAUUCUUGCUGGCAGGGCUGCUUUCAAAGCCUUUGUGAUUUCUAACACAACAGCGUUUGGUUUCUCAAUCCUGGCAUUAUUCUUACAAUUCGAUACUUGUUUCGUGAGCGAUAGGCUACGGGUAAGAUACGCCAAGGUCGCAUCCUAUAGCAUGUACGUUGCCAUACUUGCGAUGGUGCUGGCCUUUGCUACUGCUACAUAUCUUGUAUUGUCCAAGGACACCGGGCUCCGAAUCGUCCCUUUUGUGGUGUCUGGAGGUCUCGUGACUAUGUACGUCAUCGGUGGUUUCCUUGACCCUGAAGCUCCGUUUUGGUGGCUAAGUAGCACUCCUAGACGAUACGUCCGAAACUUAUUGUUUGAUUAUGGGAUACUCUAG